ACCGCAUGAGCCGUCCGUCCCCUCCGCCCCUCACACAAACCCGCACAGGCAAAAAUUCUCUCUCUCUCUCUCUCUCUCUCAACCUCAUUGUCAGACCAUAGACCAACACACCCACGCCCGACACUCUCCUUGCGACAGAUCAUCUCUUCUCGCGGUAGACCUCCGGCUCUUGCAAGCUCUUAAGAAUGCCAAGACACACUGAGCACCCCAGCGUCGCCUGCGGACACACACAUAACCCCAACACACACCCAUGUUGAUGAGCGAAUCGUACAAGCGUCCAUUUGUGUGCGAAUCGUACGAUUAGCGACGGUGUGAGAAGCGGCACGAUGUACUCGUCGAUGGAGGCUUUGACGUUGGCCGGCAGGUCCGUGCCGGUCGCCACGGCAUAGGCCUCCACACCCACACUCACACCCCCCAAUAUCAACGCCACGAUGCCAGCCAAUAUGCCUCCACACACACACAGCAGGAGCGUCAGAGGUACGACACCUCGGCGCACGCUCCAUGUCACGCUCACCAGCGAAGAAGGUCCCCUCGGCCGCCACUUGGACGGGGAAGGGCACGUAGUUGUCGAGCUUGAAUCCUCCGCCCCCCUCCCUGCUCUCUCUGAAUAUGUUGGCGAGGUACUUGUCCUCACUCCGCUGCACAGCCUGCCGCCUGCCCCGGGCCUCCUCGGCCUCGUCCUUCAGCACACCAUACUUCUCAAAUAUCUUACGCUCGCUGUCCACAGCAGCACUGGCAGGGGGGUCUUCCGCUGAUGGGUCAGAAGGAGAGGGAGGAGGCGAUGGCGGGACGGCUGUGCCUGGUGGUGGGCGGGGCUUGGAGGCCUGUGCUCGCCGCCUCUCACGAACGCGACUGCAUUCAAACAGACAGCAGGCACGCAACAUACAGAUGCUGCAUUCGUUCAUGAUCGUCUGCCGCUCACUCCUUUGGAUCUCGAAAGCCUCUCUUGCCACCAGCCCCGGGUGCCCUCGCCCUCCUGCCCCUGCUCUUGCCGGCCUCCUUCUCGUCCACCACAUCUCGUGUGACAGUGGCCUGCUCGCCCUCCCGAGCAGCUGACCAGCGACGAACACUCGCAGCACGCGGCUGCUGCAAAGAUGGCAAUACAGAUAAUGGCUGGAAUGCGGUCCUCGAUGGGGAUCUACGCAGGGCGGAUGAAAGACAUAGGGACUGCGGCAGGGAUAGGGGCAGGAGCAGCAAAGGGAACUGCAGCAUUGCCAGGAAAGAGCCAAACAGGUGCUGCUGCUGCAGAGCCACCAUCCUACGCCGUCCGGCACGUGUACCUGCACACACAAAUGAAAGCACGCGAUAAUUGCUGAUGGAUUCGCAUUGUGCAUUCGAGCAGGCGCUUCGUGUGCCUCUCCACCUUUUUGGAGAGGGUUCUUCCCGCCCUCGCCGUCUGCGAGCUCAAACCCGAAAACCCUGCAUAUCUAAACCCUAAACCCUUGACUCGAACAAAUAACACACACUCGCUCCCCGUGUCUUCCCCUUGUUGGAAAAGACCAAACAUCCAGUUCUGGAUGGCCGAGACAUGUUUGGAGGCUGCAUGUCGACACUCACCCCACCCCAUCUGCUCUCGCUUCGCUGUGUCUCGUGUGCGGUAGGGGAGAAAGUUGUGUGUUACGGCGGCAAGGAGAUGAAACAGAGCCGUAGCAAAAGGUCCUGGUACAUGAACGCCACACGAAGGCAUCGGAUAUGAUCGACUCACAAGGUGUGUCUUAGUGUCCAAGACGCAUCACGACAGUAUUCACACUCAAGCCACAAAGGCAUGAACGCAUCAAACCACCUAUGUGAUAGAUGCAUACAAUGGACAGACCCGUUGCAAAAUAGCCAAGCCAACGAUAUAAAAUGUAGGCAACGAUUGCCUGGUUGUUCUUAUUCCAUAAUGAAACACCACUUGCACAAACUCGCCCUGGACAAGUCGGAUCUGCACACACACACACACAUGAACAGAGGAAUUUGAAGUUUUUCCUUCGCCUUCUGUCUCUCUGGGUGUGUUGGGUACAUACCUCUGCAGGGUCACAGGUUCUGCAGAUGUUGCUGACGUGGGCCAAGGUGUACUGGCGGUUCCUGAAGGUCAUGGUGCUCAUCUUGGUGUUGAGGAGGAUGCACAGCGCGGCCGCAUUGCCCGCCGGGGACAGCCUGUCGAUGACCACGUCCAGGCUGGCAGCAUGCUGGGCCAGCAGCGAGUCUUUGGCGCGCAGCCACUUGACGAGGCUCUUGGUGUUCUCUGACCCGCCCUUCAUCUCGAGGAUCUUCUGCAGGACGACCUCGACAAACGUGUCAUUCAUGGCUGACGCGCACAGAGACCAGGGACCGACAGACAGAUCAGUGUUCUGGCCUCGCUUCCCGUCCCAACACCCCACACAGCACGGUCCUCUACGUACCGUGCUGCUGCUGCUCCUGAUGGUGCCCGUGCUUGUGAUGGUGCCCGUGCUUGCUGCACACCACAACAUACACACCCACCCACACACACACCAGGCAUGUGCACUCAUUCAUCCCGAUUCCACCCCAGGGUGAGCGUGUCUGGGCUGUCUGCCUUUCUCACCUCAGGAAGCUACGAUAUAGCUUGGACUUCGGGUUGUACAACACCAUUGUGCGUCGUCGUGCUGCUGCUGCUCGGGCCUGGCGCGUGGGGGGCUGCUGGGUCUCGCGCGAUGGCUCAGCGGCCUCGGUUGGCGACGAUGGCUCAGCGGCCUCG